AUGGAAGAAGAGCAACCUCCGGCUAAGAAACGAAACAUGGGAAGAUCUAGAAAAGGUUGUAUGAAAGGUAAAGGCGGUCCAGAGAACGCCACGUGUACAUUCCGUGGAGUUAGGCAGCGGACUUGGGGUAAAUGGGUCGCUGAGAUCCGUGAGCCUAACCGUGGGACCCGUCUCUGGCUCGGCACGUUUAACACCUCAGUGGAAGCCGCCAUGGCUUACGAUGAAGCCGCUAAGAAACUUUACGGACACGAAGCUAAACUCAACUUGUUGCACCCACAACAACAACAACAACGAGAAGUAAAUAAGAAUUUGUCUUUUUCGGGACACGGGUCUGAUUCUUGGGUGUAUCAGCUCGAUACGGUUCGUGGGUUGGACCUUGGUCUCGGCCCGUCAAGUGGGUCACGAGGUUCGUGGUCGGGGAGAUCGAGUUUUCUACAAGAAGACGAUGAUCAAAAUCAUGAUCCAUGUUUGUCUUCAUCAAGUGGGUCGAAUCUUUGUUGGUUGUUACCUAAACAAAGUGAUUCACAAGAUCGAGAAAGUGUCAAUGCUGCGAGUGGUUACACCGGCGGUGGUGAGUCUAUGCUAAGGUUUUCGACGAAGGUGAAACAGAAGAACUUGAUGAUGAAUCCGAAUAAUGGGUCAUCAAGUGGAACUUGGACUAGGUUUCUUGUGGGACAAGAAAACAAGCCGGAGCAAUAUGACGUGUCAUCAUCGUGUGGCUCGUCGGACAAUAAGGAGAGCAUAUUGGUUCCUAGUGGCGGCGGUGAAGGGAUGCAUAAGCCGGAGGUUGAGGAGAGAACAGGGUAUUUGGAGAUGGAUGAUCUUUUGGAAAUUGAUGAUUUAGGUUUGUUGAUUGGUAAAAAUGGAGACUUCAAGAAUUGGUGUUGUGACGAGUAUCAACAUCCAUGGAAUUGGUUCUGA